GUUAUACUCUGUUAACCACAGCAGCCCAAAGUUCUUCCAUAACUAAUCUGAAGCUGAUUCCUUUGCUCUGCUCCAAGGAGCGCUCUCACUCCCUUUCCCCUCUAAGAAGCGGGCGAUUGCGUGAGGAAUGAUGGAGCAGGGAAGCAGACGCUUGGAGGACUUCCCUCUCAACGUGUUUUCGGUCACUCCUUACACACCCAGCACCGCUGACAUCCAAGUGUCUGAUGAUGACAAGGCAGGGGCCACCCUACUCUUCUCGGGCAUCUUCCUGGGACUGGUGGGAAUCACGUUCACCGUCAUGGGCUGGAUCAAAUACCAAGGCGUCUCCCACUUUGAAUGGACCCAGCUCCUUGGGCCCAUCCUGCUGUCAGUUGGGGUGACAUUCAUCCUGAUUGCCGUGUGCAAGUUCAAAAUGAUCUCCUGCCAGUUGUGCAAAGAAAGUGAGGAAAGGGUCCUGGACUCAGAGCAGAUGGCUGGAGGACAGUCGUUUGUUUUCACUGGUAUCAACCAACCCAUCACCUUCCACGGGGCCACUGUGGUGCAAUAUAUCCCUCCUCCCUAUAGCUCUCAAGAUCCCGUUGGGAUGAACACCACCUACCUGCAGCCGGUGGUGAACCCGUGUGGCCUCAUACCAUCCGGAGGAGUGGUGGCCGCCACGCCAAGCCCUCCUCAGUACUACACCAUCUACCCUCCAGAGAACGCUGCCUUUGUGGACGACCAGGACUACGCUUCCUUCGUGGAUGGUGGACAUGACAGGUCCAGCCCCGAUGCUGAGCAGCUGGAAGAGACACAGCUGGGAGAUGGGGACUCUGCCACCUUCUCUCCUCCCUCCUAUGAGGAAAUAUACUCCCUCUCUCGCCAGAGACUAUGAUGCCCAGGGAAAGGCACUGAAGUCAUUGUUGCUGAAGACUGAAGUGUGCUAUGCUCUGACCUUCAGAAGUUAGACAGCCGAGCAGCCCAGACAGCCUGACAGAUACCAUUCAAGGGGUGGGGGAAGGAGGAAGGGGAGGUAAAAUGUCUCAGAUUAGUAAAAGUUAGGCUGGGGUGAAGAAAUUCCCUUCCAGUACAGCUAGAAAUCCCCUGCAUAAGGUCUGGGAGGAGGCAUUUCACCUGUUUACCCACCAUCCACCCCUUCCCCACCGGAAGGCACUCGUGUCUCAGUUUUAACUCUCGCAGCCAAGGGAGGAAUCACCACUGCUGUGACUUUGGGAGUUUCCAUCUAGUGGGAGUGGGGGGUGGGAAGGAAGGAGGGAAGAGAAAACAGCCUCAACUGGAGAUGUUCUCAGCCCCCAGAGGGGAUUGGCAUGUCCCAAACAGCCUGGUUGCCAUCCUGUGUCCCCUGAGGACUCUGGGUAUCCUACAGGCUGCAAAAAAAAAAAAAAAGAAAUGAAAU